ACGACAAAGGGGAAGUUGAUGCGGAAAAGUGACAACAAAAACAACGUCGCGACAUUCGGCAAAGCGAUCAAGUUAUGAAAUAAACUCAAUUUUAGUGCAUAAAUAGUCUUCAGACAUUGCAAAAAAGUCUUAAAUUGUGGUUGUUGAACUUUUAUGUGAUAGAUAAGCUAGGAUUUGCUGUGAAAUAUGCAAACAUAGAUACGUAAUAGAAGCGAUCGAGAAGGAAAUGGAGAACAUUAGACUGAUAAUGGGUACAUUCAAUGAUACUUCUGAAUUUUCCUCAACGUCUGACUCGGAUGAUCUGGAGGAGGACGACAAGACGGAUAAUUCAUCUCCCAGCACAAAGAAAGGCCACAAAACUUCUCCCCGCAACGAUGGUGAUAGAAAAAUGCCUCAGAAUAUCAUUAGAAAAUUACUCAAUAGAGAGCGAACUGGAUAUUUUAGUAAUAACGCCAGGAAAAUUGCUAAAGAACCACCUUUCAAGCAAAUUCCGAGUCGUUUGGCUUUUCAUCUUAAGGAAAUUGUCCCUUAUUGCUAUUUGGAUCGCCAUGUGUUCAUGGGACUGUCGGCUUGUGGUCAGUUUCUGCUGAGCUACAAAGUUUCCUACGACGAAGAGUCCAUCAAUCAUUACAACUUUAAUGCUCCCUACAAAUAUGAAUUGUUCUUCUGGAUAUAUCGUCCACACUGUAUGCUCGUGAAUUACUACAAAGUAUGUUUGUUUGAUGAUCACGGUGUGGAUAACAUGAAGACUGUUACAAUGACUCAAUGGUUGAACAAUUCGCGCUUCCUGAUUGUGCAUGGGGCCAGUGAAUCCUUUCAGGAGGAUUCCUAUAUAACAAUAGCCUCAGUGCCAAAAUUAGGCUGCAAAGAUUGCAUUCAGAUGCGCGACAAUGAGCUGGAUAGAAUUUUUGCCAGUGGAAGUCUCUGUAUCAAGUGCAAUUUGACCAUUCACACAAAAUAUGGUCGUUUGGAUUCUGAUCCUAGAUUUGAUCCCAAGCUCAAUUUAAACUGUCCAGAUCGUAUUGUAAUUGUGGCCAAUGGCUUUAUUCAUGCGGUCAAUGUGAAGUUAGAGAUGAACAAAGUGGAGAAGAAAUUUACUCCUGAAAAAGUUCAAGAGAAGGCAAAAAUUGAACCAGUUAGAACUGAAAUUCAACCGAAAACUAAAAAGCCAGAAGAUGAUGCCAAGACGAUUGUGGCAAAAAUAAUUGCAGACUUUGCAGAAUGUGAGACUGAGACGGUGCCUCUGGAGAAGACAAUGAUCUUCUCGAGAAUUGACAAGUCCGUCCUAGAUGACAACAGAAGCUUCGACGAACUGAUUAUUACAUGUGGAAGUGCUACAACUUCACCUGGAGCCUACAAUAAUGUACUUACAGGAAGUCAGGAGGGGAAUGUGGGAGGAAGUGUCGCUGAAGAUGGCGUUAGUCGCAAUGGACUGAGUCAGCGAAACUUUCAGACCAAUCCCAAGCAGCCACCGCGUCAGGUGCUGCGUCGAAAUUGCUGGAAGUCCAGCAAGAUUACCACAGUAGAUCUUCAGAGUGGUUGCUCCACCAGUGUCCCCACGGGGAGCAAGGCCAUGGAUAUCGCUGCCAAGACGUAUGAAUUCUCCGAGGACAACGAAAAAUGCGAAAAGAUCAGUUUAUUUCGCAAACGACGCCUAGCGGACAAGAAGUAUGAGUUCUCUGAGGACAAUUCCGAGAAUAUAAUUCCUUUCAAUCGACUGAGCGUGGGAAAGGUGAGGAAGUCAUCACCAGUGAGCUGGGGAAGUAGUUCUUCCAUUUUCAGUACUUCUCCGCCCAAUUAUGCCUAUGAAGUGCCAUCGCACUUACACAGAGCAAGUCCGAGUCAGGGAUUUAGGUCUCCGUGUGGUUCCCCGGUGGGGAAUCGAUGCCUAAGAUCACCUCCGGGAUAUCAUACACCGCCCAUGCGAUCGUAUUGCUUCAAUCCGCGAUCUCCGACAUACGCUAAACCCUUUUCCAUUCUCAUGUCUCCGCGUCAGAGGAGAUCUGGCUCCUCGGCUGGAGGAGGGAUCUUCCUGUCGCCGAAGAGGGAGUGCACGACCCCUGAGGUCGGAGAUAGACCGUUGUGCUCGAAGAAGUUCGAGAGGCGUUACGUUGAGGAAGAUGAUGCAGCUUCGGUGAUUACGAGCGAGGAGGAUGAUUGCAUCUCUCCAGGAUACCAUCUUUCAUUGCCAAUGGAAGUCCAUGGAUCUUGCUACUCGGACAUGCAGAUGAUCUCCCAGACAUCUUACAAGCGACUUCAAUGUCCAGCCGUGGUGAUAACGCAGAAUUCCAUCGAUCUCGAAGCACUGACAUUUCAUGUGGCUAAUCAUUUGUGUCAGCGGCAUGAUAAGCAGUAUGGAGUCUUCUAUGAUUGGGCGUGUGAAGUAGUGGCUCUCUGUCCUUUCAGUGGACGCCUCAGUUGCCUCCUGAUGGUCCAUUUUACGGCCAUGGAGAAGAAUCGCUCUCUAGGAUCGUGCUUGACGUGCGCUGCAGCUGCAGACUGUGUCUACCAUCGGCGUCAGUUUCAUGCAAGUACGCUCUUCACCUGGGACACAGAAUCCGGAGAGUGGAAUGUAGAGGACUACGGGGAGCUGAAGGAGGUGGAGAUGCCAACAGCUGGAGGUAAGAAUUCGUCUCCACUCACUCGGACGGCUUUUAGUUUGGGGAAAGAAUUGAGGAAGAAGCGCAGGAAUGUGGAGAUCAACAGUGAACAUUUGCGAGUGUUGGAUUCCUGCAAUGAGAAAUCCAAGGAGAGUCUGGAGGACAUGAGAAAUUGCAUCGAAUUCUACAGGACAAGUGCUUCGGCCAGGCGCAUGAAUCUCUUCAGUGGCUCUUCCAGCAGCGCUGAUGAACUUACCGUGGACUCAGAGGAUGACGACGUUGGGGUAUUCUUUUAGCUGGACAGAAAGAGGUUGCAGGUACUUGACAAUUUGAGAUUUUGAGUGUGAUUUUAAUCCAUUACUAUUGUAUAUCUAGGAAUUAUAAUUAAUAAAAAAAACAAUCA